AUGUUCAACUACUUAAGACGUUGGCUCCAAUCUAGGUUGUGCCUUUAGAUGUUGAGAACAUUAACAACUAAGGACGAAUUUUUCACUUCUCUCAUUGACUUGUUGUACCCCAAACCCCGGCCUGGUAUGUUUGUUCUUCUUCGUUAGCGUUCCCGGAAGUCUCGCGAUGCUGUACCUCUGGAUGUAGAAGCUCUGUGGUUUUGGGGUGACGCAUGUGUUUUCUGGUGGGUGUGUUCUUUCGCGGUGUUUCAGUGCGACGUUUCAGUAAAGUUCUAAGAUGGCGACGGUGCAUCUGAGAAUCGGGGACCUAGUUUGGGGAAAGCUCGGGCGCUAUCCUCCGUGGCCAGGCAAGGUCGUCAGUCCUCCAAAGGACCUGAAAAAGCCAAGAGGGAAAAAAUCAUUUGUCAAAUUCUUUGGAACUGAAGACCAUGCCUGGAUAAAGGUGGAGCAGCUGAAACCAUACCACCCCCACAAAGAGGAGAUGAUCAAGAUCAACAAGGGCAAACGUUUCCAACAGGCUGUGGAUGCAGUGGAAGACUUCCUGAAGAAGAAAGAGAAACAGGGGGGGAAAGAACAGAGCUCUGAGGGGAAAGGAGACUCUAAAGGAAAGAAGACACCAACUAAACCUCUGAAGAUCCUAGAGGAAGAUGACGAAGACCUCAGUGCCCUGAAAGACCCCUCUGAGAAGGACCUAACUGACUCUGACCCAGAGCCGUCCAGUGUUGAGCGACUAGGGGGCCUGGGAACUACUGGACCUGUCUCAGGAUUCAAAUGGGAGAGCAGUCCAGUACGGGAUGAUCCCCAUUUCCACCACUUUCUGCUCAGCCAGACUGAGAAGCCUGCCUCGUCUAUGGAGCCGAUCAGUAAACGCCUGAAGAUCGUUGAGGAGGACACGAGGUCAACGUCUAUCCAAGCUGCAGACAGCACUGCCAUCAAUGGCAGUAUUACUCCCACAGACAAACGGAUAGGGUUCCUGGGGCUGGGGCUUAUGGGUAGCGGAAUCGUGUCCAACCUGUUAAAGAUGGGCCACGUCGUCACAGUGUGGAAUCGCACAGUAGAAAAGUGUGACCUGUUCAUCCAGGAGGGGGCCAGGUUAGGGCGGACCCCAGCGGAGGUGGUCUCCAUGUGUGACAUCACCUUCUCCUGCGUCUCAGACCCCAAGGCUGCCAGGGAUUUGGUGCUGGGUCCCAGUGGAGUGCUCCAGGGCAUCAGGCCAGGGAAAUGUUACGUAGAGAUGUCUACCGUGGAUCCAGAGACCAUCACAGAGCUCUCACAGGUAUACACACACAGAGCUCUCACAGGUGAUAUCGUCGCGGGCGGCCGCUUCCUGGAGGCUCCUGUGGCUGGGAGCCAGCAGGUAUCUAACGAGGGCAUGCUGGUCAUCCUAGCGGCCGGAGACAGGACGGUCUAUGAAGACUGCAGCUCCUGUUUCCAGGCCAUGGGCAAGACCUCAUUCUUCCUAGGUGAGGUGGGUAACGCAGCGAGGAUGAUGCUGAUCCUCAACAUGGUACAGGGAAGCUUCAUGGCAACCAUCGCCGAGGGGCUGACCCUAGCCCAGGCCACAGGCCAAUCACAGCAUACCUUCCUGGACAUCCUGUCUCAGGGUCAGAUGGCCAGCACCUUCGUGGACCAAAAAUGCCAGAAUAUCCUACAGGGCAACUUCAAACCAGACUACUAUUUGAAACACAUUCAGAAGGAUCUGAGGCUAGCCAUCUCCAUGGGCGACACAGCCAAUCACCCGACUCCUAUGGCUGCAGCAGCCAAUGAGGUCUACAAGAGGGCUAAAGCGCUGGACCAGUCAGACAACGACAUGUCAGCUGUCUACAGAGCCUACAUUCACUAAACCUCCUGAAGAGCCUCCCCCGCCUGCCCUCUCCCCCGACCUGUCCUCUCCCCCGACCUGUCCUCUCCCCCGACCUGUCCUCUCCCCCGACCUGUCCUCUCCCCCGACCUGUCCUCUCCCCCGACCUGUCCUCUCCCCCGACCUGUCCUCUCCCCCGACCUGUCCUCUCCCCCGACCUGUCCUCUCCCCCGACCUGUCCUCUCCCCCGACCUGUCCUCUCCCCCGACCUGUCCUCUCCCUCGACCUGUCCUCUCCCUCGACCUGUCCUCCUCUCCCCCGACCUGUCCUCCUCUCCCCCGACCUGUCCUCCUCUCCCCGACCUGUCCU